UGCGAUUAAGUAUAAACAUCCAGCUAGUUAUAAAGGUUUUGGGCUUCGCAAAAUCUCACCGGAUUUAAAGGAGGGACGCGUAUGAGCCGGAGCGACCUCACUGUUUUCAAGGUUUCCUGUGGAGGUUGUUGGACGGGACAGCGGAGCAUAGACUGAGGUUUCCGGCUCUUCGCUCUACUUCCCCAUCUCAGAGAUGCUGCCCUGCUUGCGGAGAGUCCUGCGGCCUGCCUUCUCUCUCAGAGCCGGGACUGGUCUGACCGGAGCCGCCCUCAAAACCCACCAAACGCCCGCCCUAGCAUCCCCGGUGCAGCUCGCCUCGGAGACCCCGCUCUCCGUGGUGGUGCAGCGGUGUCACCUGGGCACACACCCCCUCAAGGAGCCGAUGGAGCCCCUCAACUCACCCCGAGGAGCAAAGGAGUUUAUUUAUAGCCUUCAUCCGUCUGAGCGCACCUGUCUGCUGAGAGAGCUGCACAGGUUCGAGUCCAUAGCUAUUGCUCAAGGACAGCUGGAAAUUGCACCACCUACUGCAGCACAGUUAAGAUAUGUUCUGCUGCACAAUGCACUCCCAUUCGUUGGAUUUGGAUUCCUGGACAACUGCAUCAUGAUUGUUGCUGGCACACAGAUUGAGUUAUCAAUCGGCGUGGUUCUCGGCAUUUCAACCAUGGCAGCUGCUGCGCUGGGCAACCUGGUAUCAGAUCUGGCAGGACUGGGGCUGGCAGGUUAUGUAGAAGCUUUGGCAUCUCGGUUGGGGAUGCAGAUUCCUGACCUGAGCCCAAAACAGGCUGAUAUGUGGCAGACAAGAGUCAGCUCUCACAUGGGUAAAGCCAUCGGCGUGGGCAUCGGCUGCAUCCUCGGUAUGUUUCCCCUCCUCUUCUUCAAGGACGAGGAUGAGAAGAAAGAAGGCCAGACGGAGGUGAAGGAGCAAACGCAGUCGCCACCUGCUCCAACAGAGAGCAGCAAAAACUGAGGCGAGGCUAGAGACAAAUACUAUUCAGAAUCCGUUUGAAUGCUUGACUUAAUCUGGCGCCGACUGCUCUCGCCUUGUGCGCUGGAGCGUAUGGAAAUAUCCGUGAACUCCAUACGGUCCAAUCGCACGGCUCAGUCGAACUAUCUGAGGUAUUCUGAAGAGGAUUUUAGAUAAUAUUCGAUCACAAACUCUGAACUUAAGCACAGGAGGCUCGUCAUCUCUCGAAGAAACACCAGGACUGCUGCUACCUGAUCCCGUAACCUCACUUUGUCUCGACUGACCGACGCGGUCAUUUGUCUAAGACACCUCCUCUAAACUCUGACUAUAGAUGGCUAAAUCGCAUAUAGGAUAACUGACAGCUUCAUGCACCCCUGAAAUAUUAUAGGAGAAAACCCAGUUAGAGCUCAGCCGUGUUAUAAAGUUCUUGUUUUCUGUCAGAAAUCUUGAAAACCUUACAGGGAAGACUGAACGAAGUCAGUUUAGUGUUCCGAAUCAGCCAAUGUUUAAACACCUUUUCCGUGUUUCCUUGUCAGUUUUUGGUGGUUAUAAACCAAGAACACAGUGUCUUCAGUUCCUAAAGCAUGUAAGCUUCUGGAUCUGAGCAAGUCCUGCCUCAUCCACAGGCCUUGACAACUAGUCGGCUGCAGGUGGUUAAAUCUGUAACACCUGAAAAGUUAUUCUUUUUCUCCUCAGUCAUGCACUGCAUAUGCGCACGUAAACUCUGCCAAAGGGUUCACACAAAUCACUGAAGAAGUUAAAUGUAUUUAAAAGUCCUCCAAAAUAUUUUAAAGAAGAGGCAGAGGCAGUGAACGAUGAUAUGAAGAACUAACCGUGGACCACCUGGAUCCUCUUUCCUCAUUUGCACUGAUCCUCCAGUUCAUAUGUCCGUAUUUGCACCCACUGGACGAAAUACAAUAUAUCCCCUCAGAGGUGAGAUGAUAUGCAACCUCUUCAGAAAACAGCCACACGUAGAGGUGGAGGUUUGGGGGGAGUUGAAUGUUAUUUUGCAUAAUGUGACUGCUGUAGUGUUUUCAUUUUGUGAGAUUAACUGUUACGGUGUGUGCAGACGGGCUGCAUCUCUUCCUGUCCCUCACUUCUAUUGUGUGUUACUGCCCUCCGCUGGCCGAUAGACGGAGAUCUAGUUGUUUUCUUUCAACUUGGUGGACCUGCUACGACCCCCCCCCGUACACAGGCUAUAAUUCACCACAGCUCCCACAAAACUUAGCUGCUAGUCUCCCCCGGUUAUAAUUUCCAACUUUCCUCACAUCGCUCAUCACCCUGUAAUUAUUUUUCUGAAUGAUUCUCCUUCAGGAGCUGCACUGAAGAAGGUAAAUGUGUUUAGAAAUAUACGAGAGGCAGCUCUGCGUCACAGCAAAUGUAUUUAUUUUGUUAUAAUAUUCAGACUGGUAUUCCUAUACGUUUGUAUUGUGUUUCUUCUCUAUCUCAAAGGGCCGUGAAAAUAUUUAUCAGCACAAAAUAUACCUGAGUGAGUAUAUUUUUAGCAGCUUUCUAUGCCAUGAAGGACCCAGCGACUGACCGCUUUAUGUUACAGUCUGAACUCACUACGCUUGUUCUAAAAAGACUAAGGAGACCUACCCUGUAUAUGACUGUUUUCAAUAUUUACUGCGUGGGUAAGAGUGAUCCUGAAGAGUGCGAAUAAUGAAGAAAAUGUAGAAAAUGAACGCGUACAUAUAUGUAGCUAGGAUUUUUGAGGGUUUUUUUUUAUCUUGAUUGCUUGAUAUCCACCUUGCAUGCACUGUUAAUAAAAAGAAACCUUAAUUUAAAAAAACAGUAUGUUGUAAGGUUGUGCAUCACAGCAGGAUGCGACUCAGUGGAGGAGGAUAAAGGAGAGGUAAAGUACUCAGGCUGGAAUAAGAUGCACAAGUUAUUUAAAAUAAAUAAAAACUAUUUUGUGGCCACAAAGAAGAAUCAUGUGCUUCAAUUUCAGAUGGCUAGCGAUAAACUUCAGUUGCUUAAAAUUGGAUUGUCUGUUCAAAGCAAAAAGGAUUUUAUGAAGGAAAGGUUUGCAGUAAUAACAGCAAUUUGCCUCUUUGAACCGCGCCGUUAAAUGGCCUGUCCCAGGCUUUAAGGCUCUUUCAGUGUGCCAGCCGCAGUAAAAACAUAUAAUCUCAGUUAAAGUAUGGUAAUAUGGCGGUUACUGCCUUUUCCUGGGUACCAUUUAAAAUACACGACUGAAGUUAUUGUGCUAUUGAGGGCCAACAAGAUCUCCAGUUCACAGAAGCUUCGAGCUGAUGCGUCCUUUUGAACUGCCAUCUCUUUUUGUUGUUUUUUGAUAAUAAGGUGGAAAAAAAGAAAUGUUUGAAUCCAGCAUGCUGCGGUCAAAUGCAUGCAUUGAGGAUCUUUUUUGUUUGAUGUUCUGGUGUUUCUCGAAUGCUGUGAGUUGGUAAGUUGUUUAAAUUCAUUUCAUUGGUACAAGCAGGCGCUGAGAUCAGCUUCAUCUUUCUAGGAAACUUCAUUUUAGCCGAGAAUAAUCAGUUUGCCCAGUUGCUCCUGUGUCAUGAUGGAGUCCAAGGUGCUGAAAAAUUCAUGUUUUGCUCUCUGUGAAGGUAAAGAUUUCUGUUGUUUGUAAGCAAACACUGAAUAUGUGCUCUGUGCAACUGUAUAAAGAAUAGAACCAUUAAAAUAAUGUAGAGGGAUCAAACUGGUGUAGAUUAUAGGAGUGUGCUGCUGUGUUUUGUUUCAGAAUUGAUCUGCUUUGAUUAAAGUUACGACCUGGCUGCAAACAUCUUCCAUAGUGUGGACUUUGCCAGAAU